AUGGCAGCCAGCACCCCCCUCGGGAACAUAGCUCGUUCUCUUCUGUCCCAAGAGGACCUCGAGCUGGUUUCAUGUAAUGCUUUUCAGUCGCUAUGGGCGGGCUACGGCCACGUGUGCUCCAUUCAAGCGACGCAGGGCAGGGCAGGCUCGCCUGGUUCAGCAAAGAAGGAACCGUUGUCAUUGAUCCUCAAGUACAUAUCCCCGCCGCCGACGGCCAAUAUUAGCGAUGAGGGCCACCUACGGAAGGUUCUUUCGUAUCAGGUGGAGCAGUAUUUCUACACACAUUUGGCAUCACAGCUCCCCGAGUCCGUCGCGGUGGCCCAGUGUAUUGCCAGUAUCAGUGAUGGGAAGACAACCGCGCUACUGCUGAAAGACCUGAAGGCAUCCGAUCGCACUUUCAAACCAAACGUGGCAUUCACUGUUUCACUCGAGAAACGUGGCGAGCUCAACUCGGUCCAGGCACAUGCAGCGCUUGACUGGCUUGCUGGUUUUCACGGUCACUUCUGGGGUAAGACCACCCAGCUUUCAAGGAAUCAACUGCUACAACCUCCGCUGAAGGAGGCAGAGAGGCAGACGACUCGGGCAGUUAGUGGAGGGAACCAUGGCCCGGGGUUGGGAUUCGACGUCCAGGGAAUCUGGUUGAACGGUGGCUAUACUUAUCUAGCUACUCGACGGAAGGAAUACGCAACCUUGGUCCGAGACAAAGGGGUGGAAUGGUCCGACAUACUGUGUAGGCCAUCACCCGGCGGCGGUCCAUCGCUCGCAGAGCGCGUGGCGGCCUUCUUGGCGCCAAGCUCCGAAUCAAGCUCUUCACAUUCCAUGUCAGGGUACGAGACGAUCAUUCAUGGCGACGUCAAGUCAGAAAAUAUGUUUGCCUCGGAAAAAGGUGACCAGGUCGCGUUUGUUGAUUUUCAAUAUGUCGGACUAGGCCUCGGGGUGUGCGACCUAGCGAAGUUGUUCACGUGUUCGAUACCAAUGACAAUGCUUGUUGACGAUCCAGAAGGCGACCUGCAAGAAGGGGAAUUAAGUAUGCAACCUGGUGAGAAAUCAUUACUAUUGUACUAUUUGCAGAAGCUGGAAGACAUUGCCGGCAAGACGUAUCCAUGGGAUAUCUUCUUACAGCAUUGGGAGAUAGCUUUGAUUGACUGGUUACGUUUUCAGGCUAGUUGGGGAUUCUGGGGUAACACUGAAUGGUUGGAAGCGAGAGUAAGAUAUAUAACCAAACGAAUCGAUAUAUGA